UUCAAUAGUUUAAUAUACAUAAAUAAAUUGUUUUGUUUUUUCUACUAGUAGAUUUAGUCGGUCAUUGUUGCUGUUUAAGCAUUUUAUUUUGUUUUUCUUUAUCUUCAUUAGUUAUUCGUGUGUAUUUUUCCAGUGAUGUAGCACCUUGGAUUAGUACAAGUACAUGGAGAAGUGAAGAAACGAUCCUUGAAGUUUAAAUCAUAAUCCUUUGCUUAAGUCGGAGGCGCCUCUUCUCAGAGCGCGCUUAUGAGCCGUCUCUAUAAAGGCUCUCUAAGUCUGCGGGCAGCGUUAAAAAAAUCACACUGCUUUCUUUUUGAAGAUUCGAUCAAAGUGCCAGUGGCUCAUGGAAGGAGGAUAAAUGACAACUUGUUAAAAUUCUCCCUUUAGUUAUUACUUAAUUCACCCUCCGAGUAUGGCCAAAACGUACGACCAUUUAUUCAAACUGUUACUAAUUGGGGAUUCUGGCGUUGGGAAGACUUGCAUCCUAUUCAGGUUCUCCGAAGAUGCCUUCAAUAAUACAUUCAUCUCGACUAUCGGUAUUGAUUUCAAAAUCAGGACAAUAGAACUAGAUGGUAAAAAAAUAAAACUGCAAAUAUGGGACACAGCUGGUCAAGAGCGUUUUCGAACGAUAACAACAGCUUAUUACCGAGGUGCUAUGGGAAUUAUGCUUGUUUAUGACAUCACAAACGAAAAAAGUUUUGAUAAUAUUAAGAAUUGGAUUAGAAAUAUUGAGGAAAAUGCGACAACAGACGUUGAAAAAAUGCUUCUUGGUAACAAAUGUGAUCACGACGUUAGAGUGGUUUCAAAAGAAAGGGGUGAACAGCUUGCUAUAGAGUACGGAAUUAAAUUUAUGGAAGUUAGUGCAAAAGAGUCGAUAAACGUUGAAUCAGCUUUCUUUACCAUUGCCGGGGAUAUCAAAGCAAAGGCAGAAAAGAAACUGAAGGAAGCGAGUAAUCCACCAAAAGGAGGGCACCAGUUAAAAGCGAUUGAACCAAAUAGGAAGCCUACAAAUUGGUUGUCUCGCUGUUCAAUUCUCUGACCCCUUCUCGUUUGACUUAUUCUUCAAAAGGACAAUCAAGACGGGUACUCCUUGCCAUUCCUGGACUGAGGACCAAUUAAAAAUUUGCCCUCCAUCCAUAUUCGAAAUUUCCUCUGCCCGAACACAAUCCCAAAACGGACUAACUUUCUUUUAAAUUUUCAAAAUCUGUAUUUUUGAUGUUUUCCUCUGUCUACGUCAUUCAACGCCUAUCCUUUGAAUAUUGUAAAUGUGUGUUGCUUUUGUUUUUGUAUCAGUUGCCAUCAUGUUCUAACCAUCCCCUUACCUCUUCCUCAUCCCAUUCCUCAAUCCCUAAAUUGUAAUAUAUAAUGCAGACAAAACUUAAUAAAAUUUUCGUUUCGGUUUUCUUAUACCAUUCAUGGCUUUUAAGUUCCUAUGUUGAAAUAAAGACAUAUUAAAUCAACUGAAAUACGUGAUCAGCUUGAGUGAACGAUGAACCAGUCGCUCUAACGAGCGUCAAAGUGAUUGAUAUUGAAAUAGUAAAUGACAACACACAGAAGUAAAUAAGUUAGAGGGUUUAAAGAUAGUGGCUGUUAUUUUAUAAGGCUUUAUUUACUCAAGUUUCUUUAUCAAUGCAGGGUGGUAAGCAAAUUAUCUGUUACAUUUCAUCUCUGUAUACCCUAUUUAAUUUAAAUUUUGUAUAUGUAUAAAAAAAUUGGACUACUGGAUAGUUAAAUUGCCCUGCAGCAUUUAAGAAUUUUUGUAUUUAAAUUUAUGUACAGAAUUCAAUUUUGUAUGAAUAUAUUUUUAAUAAAGCUUUUAGUUAUGUAUCAUUUUUUAAAACAACUUGUUAGUACGAAAUGCUUAUUUUUAAAUUUAAUCCAGAUAUAAAUUGGUUCUGUAAACACAAAAUUGUAAAUCUAUGAAUAUACGAAUUCUUAUAGAAAAUAUAUUUAUACAAUUUACAACCAAA